GUUAUGGGAGAUCAAGAAACCUUCAAAGCUCUUAAUAAGAAGUGUUUUAAAGAACAAGCCAUUUGGAUGUUAAAUGCUUUAUGGCCAACACAUAAAGAUACAGUGGCUGAAGAAAUAUGGAAAUUUGCUCAAAUGUUUUCAGAAUUUGAGAUUGAGAAUCACGAAAAUGGAUGUGAUCUUGAUGAGUUAAAUAUGCACCGUGUUUUUGAAAAACUUGGAAAUCAAAAAACUGUUCAAGAAAUGCGUUCUCAAUUAAAACAAGCUGGAGUAGAAAACUUUAAAAAAGUUGGAAUGCUUCAUUUUCUUACUUACUAUUAUGGGAUGGAUUGGCAUAAAGUUGCUAAUGCUCCACAAGGUGACAAUACUGCUGAGUUAGAUAAAGCCCAAAAAUUACUUGAUGAAGUUUCUAAACAAUUAGAAGAAUGUCAAAAAAAAGCUGAAGAGUCUAAGAAAUCUGCUGAAGCUGCUGCUGAAAAAGCUACUGCUUCUAAGAAAUCUGCUGAGGCUGCUGCUGCUAGACAAAAAGAAGCACAAGCUGCAGAAGAAGAAGUUACAAAAGCUUUAAAUGAAGUUAAGGCACAAGAACAAGCUAAAGAAGAUAAAAGAAAAGCACUUCAAAAGAAGAUAGAAACUGCUGGAUUAGUUGCUAAGAAUGCUGCUAUCCAAGAAUUAGCUAAACUUGAUAGUGAAGAUGAUUUACCUUUAAGAAGAGCUAAAACUACUCUUGAAGCUGCUCAAAGAAAAGCUGCUAAAGCUCUUAAAAUUGCUACUGAGGCUAAAGAAAAGGCUGAUAACGAUGCUACUGUUGCUCAAGAAUCACAAAAAAAAGCUGACGAGGCUGCUAAAGAAGCUGAACAAGCAGUUGAAAGUACACAAAAGAAAAUGGAAGAGGCUGAAGCUUAUCUUGCUGAACAAAAAGCUGCUGCUGGAGGAAGUGGACAAGGAACAAUGUGGUGGAUUCAAAGAGAACUUGAUGAAAAGAAGAAGUAUAUGCCAAUGAGAAAAGGAGGUGUUGCAAAGCAUUAA